AUGGAUUACAAGUUUAUAUGGACUCAAAUUCUGUUCAUCUACUGCUGUUUUCUGACUGUACAUUGUGCACAACCCAAUUGUACAUCGGUGACUGACUUUGAUGAUUGUCCAGGGAAUAUAACAGAUUUCUGUCCGAAGAAUAUUGUUUGUGCAUGCAAAGAUGGAGAACCUUUUUGCAAAUGUCCAAAUUUCAGAGGUCGGUGGGGAAAUUAUUGGUAUAUGGGGGCCAAAUGUGACCAACUCUGGAAUACUCUGGACCUGAUUUUAGUUGCAACAUUGCCUGGAAUAGGACUGGCUUUAAUAGUUGGUGUAACAAUCCAGACUGUCCACUACUGUAAAAAGAAGUCAAAGAAGAAUAUAGAUGAUGAACGAGAACAAAGCGAUUCAUCAGGAUUCCAACCUCAGCAUAAUUAUGCGUAUGCUUUUGAUACGUCUAUGAAACUUUCUCAACCUAAUCAAGGCCAGAAUCCCAGGACUCUAUCCGUUCAGAAUGUCCAUCCUACUAGUCCUGCAUCUCCACAACCACAAUUCUCUGAAAGAAAUUACAACUUUAUGUUUCGUAAACCCAACGAGGAUAAUCCUUAUAGCCAUCCAUCUUAUAAUUGGAAUGGCUCUCUGGAAACAGCUAAUCCUGAAGCAAAUUAUGGAAACAAGUAUUCUUCAGCCAUGCAAAUGAAGCCACUCUAUAAUUUUUCCACACAAGGAGUUCCAAAGUCAAACUAUAUUCAAAUUGGGAGACCAAUUGGAUAA